AUGGAUCGAUUAGAGAGAGCGCGUCGUCCUGUCAGGCGGCAGUUGAAGAAGUUGUGUGAUGACAUAAACGUUGAAAGCCAAAAUACUAUUCCGGAUUUGGAUCAGAUGCGUGUGAAUGUAUUAAUGUUGGAGGAUACUCAUCGGGAAUUGCAAACAUUGGACGAUACGAUCAAAAACCAAAUGCUUGACGACAACGUGGACGAUGAUCAACAAAAUGAAGAAUUUGAUGAUAUUGCUCAAUAUAAGAAAAUGUUUCAAACAGCAAGGCGAGUGUUUGAAGUGCUGAGAGAUGGAAAAUGCAAAUCCAUAACUGAAAAUGAGAACUUGCCAGUAUUGGGUAAUCAAAGAAAUUUUAAAUUGCCAAAAUUUAACUACAAAAAGUUUAACGGAGAAGUCAAAGAGUGGUUAGGAUUUUGGAGUCAGUUUAAAAAGAUAGACGAAGACAUUACCAUACAUGACAGUGACAAGUUUCAAUUUUUGGUACAAUUGAUGGUAGAUGGGUCCCGUGCCCAUGAAUUGGUGUGUAGUUAUCCGCAGACUGCAGAGAAUUAUCCCAAAGCCGUAAAAGCGUUGAAAGAGAGGUUUGGGAGAGAAGAAUUCUUGGUUGAAGUUUAUGUGCGUGAAAUGCUAAAAUUAAUUAUUCACAAUGUCAGUCAAACUGAAAAACAGGAUGAUUUGUCAAAACUUUAUGACCAGUUGGAAAGUCAUUUGCGUGCAUUGGAGUCGUUAAAAGUAACUUCAGACAAAUAUGACUCAAUGUUGUAUCCGAUGGUGGAGUCCUGUCUGCCCGCUAAUAUAUUACAAGCAUGGCAAAGAAGUGCGGAGUGGAAGGGAAGGAUGCUGACAAAACCACAAAUAAGUUGA